GGCGACCCGUGUGGUCCCGGCCCGGUCCAGGCGAGCCCGGCGCGGUGCGGAGGUUGCGGAGCGGCGGGAGGAGCGGCCGCUGCUCGAGCGCGAGCGCACCGGCCCCGGCCCAGCGAGGGCUGCGGCGUGGGACGCCAGUGCCUUGCCGCCAUCUCCCCGGCAGCGUCGGUGCGAGGAGCCAGGCUGGACGACCUCUCCACGCCCCGGCAGCGCCGGCGGGACAGGGCAGAGAGACACGCCCGAGGGUUUUGUUCGCUGUUGGGCCUUGAUUAGCAGCUCUGCGGCCGGACAAUUAAAAUGCAGCGCUGGGGCAUGGCCGUCAAUGUGUACUCGACGUCGGUGACCAGCGAGAACCUGAGCCGCCAUGACAUGCUCGCCUGGGUCAACGAUUCCCUGCAGCUCAACUACACCAAGAUUGAGCAGCUCUGCUCAGGGGCUGCCUAUUGCCAGUUCAUGGACAUGCUGUUCCCUGGCUGCGUCCACCUGCGGAAGGUCAAGUUCCAGGCCAAGCUGGAGCAUGAGUACAUCCACAACUUCAAGGUGCUGCAGGCUGCCUUCAAGAAGAUGGGAGUGGACAAAAUCAUCGCAGUGGAGAGACUGGUGAAGGGCAAGUUCCAGGACAACUUUGAGUUCAUCCAAUGGUUUAAGAAGUUCUUCGACGCCAACUACGACGGGAAGGAGUACAACCCGCUGCUGGCACGGCAGGGCCAGGACGUCACACCCCCCCCAAACCCAGGUGAUCACAUCUUCAACAAACCCAAGAAACCCAUUGGCACUGCAGUCCCCCAGAGAACCUCUCCCACCGGCCCCAAGAACACAUCAAACCCAGCUCGCCUCAGCAACGUUCCCAGCGGCAUCCUCCGGAAAAACUCCCCUGCAGCUCGUAACGGGGGCACUGAGGCUGAUGCACAGAUCCUGGAGCUCAACCAGCAGCUGAUGGACCUGAAGCUAACAGUGGAUGGGCUGGAGAAGGAGCGGGAUUUCUACUUCAGCAAGCUGCGGGACAUCGAGCUGAUCUGCCAGGAGCAUGAGAAUGAGAACAGCCCCAUCAUCACCGGCAUCAUCAGUGUCCUCUACGCCACAGAGGAGGGCUUUGCCCCACCAGACGAUGAUGAGCUGGAGGAGCAGCAGCCAGAGGACCAGGACGAGUACUAGCCCCGGCACGCUCCCGCGCCCCGCCCCGCGCUGUACCCCCCACCAUAGACAUUCGAGGUCCUGAGCCUGUGCGCCUCGCCCCGCACCGUCACACGCCAUUACAGUCUCCAUCACGGCGUCCAGCAGCUCCAGUGGGAAGCUGCUGUCUCCAUCAUUGAUGUCCACCCAGCGAGGAACACAGCUGUACCUCUGCCGGGGGCUGGGGGGGGUGGGCACGGGCUCCAGCCCUCGCCACCCCCACCCCCCCAUAUUUAUUUCCGUUGUCCCCUCCGGUGUGAGUGCCGCAGCUGCCCCUGUGUCCCCGCCUGCCCUGCUGUGUGAGAGCAAGAGGGAAAGAAUGAGUCCUCCUCGGGGCGGUUGUCCUGGGGUGGAGGGUGCCAGCGUGCUGCCUGCACCCUGCCAGCCCCAGGGAGGGAGGCUGGAGCCAGGGACCACUGCACGGAGCUCGGUGGCCACUCAUCAGCUGCAGAGAGGACAUAGCUUGGAGGAGGGAGACGUUGCUUCAGGUUUCUGGAAAGAUGAUAAAGAGCCCCCAGCCUGGCUGAGGACAUGGCCACCUGCCUGCACAUGCAGGUGCAGGCAGCAAGGGAGAGACUGAACCACCAGUAGCCAGGAUUGAGGAUCCCAGAGUGGGAGCCUGUCACCACCAUGGAGUCCUCUCCUCUUGCCCAUGGCCGCAGAGGACUCCCUGGGGCUGAGCCAGCCAGGUCUGCGCUGGGGUGUGUUUGCCAAGAGCGGCAGGCAGAGCUGGCCCUGGCCAUCGUCCCUCCCGUCGCAUUGCUUGUCUGGUCUGUCACUCCGGUCGCAAAGCCUGCAUCUGUGUUCAGUUUUAUUUAAAAUAAAACUCGUGUGGUUAAAA